GGAAGGGAAAGUUGAAAAGUGAAUAUAUUGACCUUUUACUAAGCUUGUUCUCCGACGGUGACACUGGUUCACCGUGCUCUCUGAUUGGUAGGGAAGUCUUUAAUUGCUGAAGGUGUGGUUAUAUAAGUGAAGGACGCUUAUUGUAGGAAAGACUCCGCCAGGACCUCAGGCGUCACUUUGGUAUUGUAUGCAGUUUCAGUAUUGAGCUGGGGGAGAAGGCGGUGGAAGACUUCCCUCUUCUCCCAGGCAUUUGAGGGAAUAUUAUUGCACUUGUAGCUGCUUUUGUGUUGUAGUCUGGGGGGAGGUAUUCUUGUUUUAUUGUUAAAACUUUGUGCUUUGAGUUUGUAUGCCAGUCCCCUAGAAAUGCUUUGUAAUAGGUGAAAAAUAAAUCAAAUAAAUUUUCAGUUGCAUGCCUUCUAUUUAGGAGAACCAGAUAUAUAAAGAUAUCUAAACCUUUAUUUUUUAUUCAGCUUAAGUUUGUUGGUGUUACACAUAUAAUUCAAAAUCCAGCAUACCCCUAAAGACCUAGUUAAGCUAGCACCAACUUUUAUAUUUGGCUCUCCUGACUGGGGAAGAUACAGCAACUACUUUGCUUGUCAAAGCAACAAUACCUAUUUUAACAAAAGGUGAAAAGUUGGGCCUCACUCACUGGAUAGUUUUCAUACGGUGCUGUUGUUCUUGGACAGGACUUGUCAAUGGAUGAUUCAAGGUUACGAGGUUUCUCAGAGUUUGCCCCAUAAAAAGCAUUGUCAAUCUCAACGCUUGUCUAGAGCUGAUUCUUAGAGCUGUUUCAUGUGACAUUUUCUGUUUCUUUCUCACUGCCUUCCCAGCCGCCCUCGUCCAUUUCUGCGUCACUCCUCAUAGUUGUGAUCCGUGCAGGUUGUGACUCAGAAAGUCGAGGGAGUUACGUUGCGUAAAGGAAGCCCUGAAACACUUGCUGAGAAAAUGCAGUAACUUCCUUUCCCUUUUAACGCCAAUUUUGUUGCUUGCUAAAUCUUCACAGCCAAGCAACAAAGUCUACUUUAAAAAACAAAAACAGAUGCCCUGUCACAUUUUAUUGUCAAAUUAAUAAAGACGGUGGUUCACCACAGAUGUAAAAACAGGGAUUGCUGGGUAAUGGCAGUUUUGUGAGAGGUGGGUUGGGGAACACGGGCUCUCCUGCAGUAAAUUGUCAGUAAUUACAGUUCCUUCCCAUUGAAUAUGUGAAUGUUGCCAACUAAAUUAACUGUGAUAUUGCACAUUGAAGUUCAUCCCACAGAUCACUGUGGUUGCAAGAUCCACUUGAAAAUUGCUUAGGGACUUCAGUAGACAGCCUGGUGAUUUUUCUGCCUGUUGUAGCAAUCAUAAUGAGCUAGGUGCUCUACAAUUUUUAAUUGUAUUCGUAUUGCUUCUUUUGUUUCUUAUAUAUUGUAUUUUAAUUAUCCUAAUACAAUUAAAUAUAAAAGAAGGAAUAAAAGAAACAAUAAAAUAUAAUUAAAAAUCAAUAUACUUCAUGUGAUGGAUGUGCUGUAUGCAAGCACAAAAACACUGUCGGCCACCUGGAUGAAGCUUGUGCGUGGACCAUUUUGGGGCCCCCUGUGACAGAUGUGGUACAGAAUUCAGUUUGCCUGGGAGAUGUCAAAGCACACUUGCCAUUUCCCUUUGUGUUAACUUGUUGUUAGGGAUGCUUGCUGACUGUGCUUCCUUAAGCUGAUCUUUUGACAGAAAUGAUAGGGUAGCCCAAGAUUUAACAAAAGAAUGACUCUCCAUCUCUCGGAACGCGGCAGAAGUGCAUGCACUCCCAGUUCUCUCAGCUGCGAGAGGUUCCUUCCUGGGCUUCUCUUGCUUAGGUUUUGUUCUCUUUGGAAUGAGAUCACUGGCGUCUGACUGGUGUUUGUAAUAUUUGAUCUGAAGUGGAGCAAAGCAAAGCAAAGGUGAAGGCAUGGCGUAAGCAUCUUAACAAAUUGCCGAAAUCUUCCACAACGGUUCUUGAGGGAAACAGUACCCCUCAGACAAGACACCACGAGCUUUUCAGAACCUAAAACUUCAGGCAUCCGACCUGUCUCAAAACUUUGGUCUUUCUUGUUGGUGUCUUACUCAUAGCCCUAGGUUGUCUCCCCUGCCAAAAAGUGGGGGAGGGGAGUGUAGGGUUGCCAUAGUUCAAAAAAUAAAAACUAGGACACCCCGAAAGUUGUUGAGCUUUUAUUUAGGAAGAUCCCAAAAUUGUUGCACUUUUUUUUAGGGAAACCCCAAAGCGUUGCUUCCUCCCCCCAUCAGUUCCACCUUUGAAAUCCCGGUCAUGUCUGGGAAAAUCCGGACUUCUUGCAGCCCUAGUAGGGAUGGGAGAGUAAUAAGGAUGAGUCAUCUCUGGCCGUCACCUUUGGCCUCUUGGGCCGUUUUAGCUCCCAUGGCAACAUAUCACCAGCCUAUUUAUCUCACCAGAUAAUAUACGGGGCCAGCCCUGGCCAUCUAGUUUGACCACUUUAGCAGCCCUGGCCUUGCUCAGACCACAGAGUUGGAAGCAAAGUCCAGCCACCCCACUCCCUUUCCUAAGAGAAACCUAAAGCUAACAGUUAGUAGAAGGGCACAGAGAAACAGUUCUGAGCUAUAUUGGCAGUUUUGGAGACAAUUUUCUAGCUGGAGUUAGCUGGAUCUGGGGGGCAGCCUUGUGGAUUUAUUACAUCUGAUCUCUGGGAAUCUGAUGCAGAGUUGGUAGCUGUGCUGGGGGUGUUGAUAGGUACCAACUCUUCAUUGCUUGUGUAGCAUAUACAACACCUUUUUCAAAAGAGCUGCAAGUCCAGAAGCCUCUUGUUCAAAUGCUACUUCUGCUAUGAACUGGCAGAGGGGCUUCAGGUAAUCCACUCUCGGCUUCAUCCCCACAUCCACAAUAAGGGAAUGCAUGUUCUAACUUACCUUACCAAAGCACCAUAAGGAUGACCAGUUAAUGCAUGUGAACCACUGUGAAAAUUUGAAAGCAGUAUACAAAUGCUAAGUGCUCUUAUUAAAUAAAAUAAACAGUAUAAAAACUGUGUAAGUUUCCAUCUCAUCCAAUGAAAAUGAGCCUGCAACAUCCUAUAAAAAUCCUCUGGGAACAAAUGUCAUUGAACUGACUGGGCUCAUGUCUGAAUGGACUUCCCAUAUGACUGCAACAAUUGAUGGCCUGAACAACUCCCAUCACUGUGGAAAAUAGAGAACCCUUCAUGAUCUGAAGCCUGUUGAACUUCACUCAUUAUAAAUGUGCAGCCUAAAAUGAUGCAAAGUUAGUGAUAUGUAAGUCAUAAAAUCACAGAAUUGUAGAGUUGGAACAAAAGCCUUUAAUAAAAGUAAUGCAAGUACCAUUUGAAUAAAUGAUAAAUGGACACUGCAAGGGCAAACAGCUUGGAUUCACUGAAUACAUUCUCCUUUUGGAGCUACUGAAGGCAUAGCGCUGCCAGAACAGGGUUGGAAGCCUUGGGAGAGAGAGAGAGAGAGAGAGAGAGAAGAGAAGAGAAGACCAGAUGGGGACAGGACAGGACUUUUCAAAUAACUAAACAGUAUGACUUCAUUGCAGGUCGAGACUUUCUCUUCUGACAUGUGGAACCCCAAUUCAGGUAAACUUUGCCUUGUCAAUAUAUCUGGUGGAGGCAGUUAUUGGGCUCUGGCUUCAGUGGCAAGUUGAUUCACCACAUUGUAGCAUAUUUAAAUGACCUAGACCAGUGCAGACAAACAGCCCACACAUGAGAUUGUGGCCUACACACACACACACACACACACACACACACACACACGGAUGGGGGAGCUCUUUUAUUUGAAAAUAAAUCUGGUAUAUUAUUUAUAGCACUAUAGAUAUGUAACAAAAUGGACCCUGAAGAAAGUUUACUUUUUGUUCACAAAUAAGCACUGACCUUUGCAGUUACCCAGCUGGGAACCAGCUGCAACUAAGACAUCUGCAGGGUCUGAUACUGACUUACCUUGCAGGUUUGGUGUGAGGAGAAAUGGCAAACGGGGCAUGAAAAAUGAUCAGAAAAAACCCCCAGGGAGGCAGAGAGUGGGUCAUGGUUUCCUGAGAGAAGACCUUCCCAAUUUCUGGCUCCAAUGCAUCAGCUUGAUCAAACCUGUUAGUCGACGAAGGCAGUAACUAUACAUGGCCCCCAAUCCUAUGAUUUUUGUUUUACUCUCUGGCAGGAAUGCCUGGUGGGAUGCCGCCGCAGCAGCCUUACCCUCCUGCUCCUCCAUACUCUGGACCAGGCAUGCAGCCCUGCCCACCCCCAGGGUACCCUGGCCAGCUGCCUCCCCAGUCUGGAUUCCCUGGGCCCUGUGCGCCCCCUCAUCAUGGACCACCCCACCACGGACACCAUCCUCCACCUGGAAUGGUCCCUGGAGGCUGCCCUCCCCCACCGCCUGGUUGCCAUCCUCCUGGAAGCCACCAUGGGCAUCACAAAAAGCCAAAGCACCACAAGCACGGCCAUGAGCACCACGGGCACCAUGGGCACCACGGCAAAAAGGUAAGGAGGAGUGACUUGAAGGGGUCUCUCUGAGUCAAGCUGCAGAAGAAAGGCAGCUUCAGUAGCCAUGGGCCUACAGGGCUCCAGUGCAAGGACGACCAGGGAGUCAGUUAAGGCGUGGGAAAUGUGAAGUUAAGUCUAAGGAGAAAGUGGAUGCCAGAGUUUAUCUUUCCAUGUAAUGCCCCAUUAAUUACUCAAAAUCUUCAUCAUAACAAGCAGGCAGAAAUAAAACUAAAGAGGUGAACUUAGAGUGGGUUGAAAAUGCAGGAGGGGAAGAAAACACAACAUAAAUCAAUAAAUAUGAGCUGAGAUAGCAGCAGUGAUGGCAUCUGUUUCUCUUUCAGCACCAUGGCAGUUCCAGCAGCAGCUCCGAUUCAGACUGAGAAAGGUGUCCGCUCCCAGCUGCAUACUUGCAAUCGAUCGAGACCUGUUCUGACAUUCCUCCAUUGUCUUUCACAUGGUCCAGUAAUCAUGCAAUACUUUGUUUAGUUUGUAGCAAUUCCAAAAGAAAUGUUUAAAAAGCCACGUGAUAUCAAGUUUCCCUUCCAUUUUCCAUAUCCAUUCCUAUAUAUCCAUUCCUAUCCGUUUCCAUCUUACCCGUGAAAUAAAGGCAUAAUUUAGAUACCCACCUUGACAAAGGCUGAAAUCCUUGCAUUUUGCAGGAGUAAAACUCCUAGUCACAUCUGGAACAUGCUUCACACGAAUGUUUACAUCAAAUGCAUGUUUGUCCACUGACUCUUCUAGCAGUUUGCUGAAUCUUGGGACUGGCUCGUAAAGGGUAUUCUAUGCUGGCUAACAUGAAAGUGUGUUCUACUGCAAUGAUAAACGACAAUAUUUUU